AUGGUAGGACCUAGGAUACCCAAUGUAGAGGGAAAUGCAAGUGGUGACCCAGAAGGCGACUCGAGCCAGGAGACGGGAAGUAGUCGACUUGACCAAAUGGAGCAAAUAAUGGGAAGUAUGGUGGGAUUUAUGCAAGGAACUCACUCCCAGGACGGCCAUGCAGCCAACUUGCUCGACCUCUACCGUCGACAGAACCCUCCUGUCUUUCAAGGGAAGCUUGGCGUGGACUCCAGCGAAGGGGAAUUCUGGAUUGAACAAACAGAAAAGCUGCUAGACCACUUGCACUGCGGAGAAGAAGAGAAAGUCAAUUGUGCCACCUUCAUGCUUCAAGGCGAGGCAGACAAAUGGUGGAAAAGAGUUAAACGAUCAAUGACCCCACAAGCUAGGUCACCAUACGUCACCUGGGAGCGGUUCAAAAAACUCUUCGAUGAGAAGUACCUUCCUCUAAAUCUAAGAAUGAAGAAGGAGAGAGAAUUUACGGAGUUAAGGCAAAUAGGGGACAUUACCGUAGCCCAGUACGAAGAUACUUUCAACCGGCUGAUUAGUAUAAGUACUCAGUCUUAUGCAGAAGUGGUGUUGCAAGCCGUCACAACUGAGGCUAAUCUAAGCCAGAUCGAAGCCAUUCAAGGAGAAAGUCCGCAAGCAAGUAAUCAGAGAGCAGGCAACAAGUUGGACCUCAAGAGGCCUAAGUUCAAGCCUAGUAAUCCAUGCACUAGAUGCCAGAAGCGACACCCCGGGAGGCCGUGUCGACUGGGAACAAAAGGUUGUUACAACUGCGGAGAAGAGGGACAUGUCAACCAGAACUGCCCUAAGAAAGGAAUCACUUGUUUUAACUGCCAGCAGAUAGGACAUUUUGUAAGGGAUUGCCCCAAGUCAUGGCAGACGAGUCAACCUCAUGGACUGUCAGGAAAUACCAAGGUGCAGCAGGGAAGAGUGUUUCAUCUAACUCGGCAAGAUGCGGCAGAAGACCCAGCAGUAAUCGAAGGUACCAUGUCUACAUCUGGUAUUCCUAUGCAUGUUUUGAUAGAUUCAGGAGCAAGUCAUUCAUUCAUUUCGCUUGCAUGUACUGAAGUACUAGAAGAAAAAUCAGAAAACUUGAACUAUCGUAUGAUUGUGGCAACCCCAAUGGGGAAGUCUCUAGAAACCUCCUCAGGAUACAAAAAUAGAAAGAUUCGGAUAGGAGAGGUUGAGUUCCUAGUAGAUUUAAUCCUUCUGUAA